AUGUCACUUGCUGAAAUAGAAAAACAACAUAAAUUGAUUGACGAAAAUAGUAAAAUCGUUGGAGAAUUAGAAACUGUUUAUAAAUGUUUUGAUGCAAAGUUUAUAGCCGAAUUAUUUAAAGAAAUUGCUGAUGACGAAGAAUUUCCUGAUGCGAAAUUACGGUUAUAA